CUCCGAGCCGCCACGUAACGCCACGUCCCCGCGCAUGCGCAACGCGGCCGUCGUCGGGGGCUGUUUCCGGGGAGAGUGGGACAGCAGGUUGGGCUGGCGGCCGGCGAGGUUUGCGUACGGGCGUGGGAGCUGGGCCCUACAGGCGGAGGGGGCGUUGUCUUUUCUUUUCCGGAGAGCCGGUGAAGCCGGGAGCUGAACUGCAAAAAUGAACUUCCUCCGCGGGGUCAUGGGCGGUCAGAGCGCCGGACCCCAGCACACGGAAGCCGAGACGAUUCAAAAGCUUUGUGAUCGAGUGGCUUCAUCUACUUUACUAGAUGAUCGAAGAAAUGCUGUUCGUGCCCUCAAGUCUUUAUCUAAGAAAUAUCGUUUGGAAGUGGGUAUUCAAGCUAUGGAACAUCUUAUCCAUAUUCUACAAACAGAUCGUUCGGAUUCUGAAAUAAUAGGUUAUGCUUUGGACACACUAUAUAAUAUAAUAUCUAAUGAUGAAGAAGAAGAAGUCGAAGAAAAUUCCACAAGACAGAGUGAGGAUUUGGGAAGCCAGUUUACAGAAAUUUUCAUUAAGCAGCAAGAAAAUGUCACUCUCCUGUUGUCUUUAUUGGAGGAGUUUGAUUUCCAUGUUCGCUGGCCUGGUGUGAAGCUUCUGACUUCUCUUUUAAAACAACUAGGUCCUCAGGUGCAACAAAUUAUUUUAGUCAGUCCCAUGGGUGUUUCAAGACUGAUGGACUUACUAGCAGAUUCCAGGGAAGUUAUACGCAAUGAUGGCGUUUUAUUACUUCAGGCACUGACAAGAAGCAAUGGUGCAAUUCAGAAAAUAGUUGCCUUUGAAAAUGCUUUUGAAAGACUCCUGGACAUUAUCACAGAGGAGGGGAGCAGUGAUGGAGGCAUAGUCGUUGAAGAUUGUUUGAUUUUGCUCCAAAACUUGUUAAAAAACAACAAUUCCAAUCAAAAUUUUUUUAAAGAAGGCUCAUAUAUUCAGCGCAUGAAACCUUGGUUUGAAGUUGGAGAUGAGAAUUCUGGCUGGUCUGCACAGAAAGUGACAAAUCUACAUCUAAUGCUACAGCUUGUGCGGGUGCUGGUGUCUCCCACCAACCCCCCCGGGGCCACCAGCAGCUGCCAGAAGGCCAUGUUUCAGUGCGGCUUGCUGCAGCAGCUGUGUACCAUCCUGAUGGCUACUGGGGUUCCUGCUGACAUCCUGACCGAGACCAUCAAUACUGUCUCGGAAGUCAUUCGUGGCUGCCAAGUAAACCAAGACUACUUUGCCUCUGUGAAUGCACCUUCGAACCCACCCAGACCGGCCAUCGUGGUGCUCCUGAUGUCCAUGGUAAAUGAAAGGCAACCGUUUGUGCUGCGCUGCGCUGUUCUCUAUUGUUUCCAGUGCUUCUUAUACAAAAACCAAAAAGGACAAGGAGAAAUUGUAUCAACACUUCUGCCUUCCACUAUUGAUGCAACAGGGAACUCCGUUUCGGCUGGUCAGCUGUUGUGUGGAGGUUUGUUUUCUACUGAUUCCCUCUCAAACUGGUGUGCUGCAGUGGCCCUUGCCCAUGCUUUACAAGAAAAUGCUACCCAGAAGGAACAGUUGCUCAGGGUUCAGCUUGCGACGAGCAUCGGCAACCCGCCCGUCUCCCUCCUACAGCAGUGCACCAACAUCCUGGCGCAGGGAAGCAAAAUACAGACAAGAGUUGGACUGUUAAUGUUGCUUUGCACCUGGUUAAGCAACUGUCCCAUUGCAGUGACACAUUUCCUACACAAUACGGCCAAUGUUCCAUUUCUUACAGGACAGAUUGCAGAAAAUCUUGGGGAAGAAGAGCAGUUGGUACAAGGCUUAUGUGCUCUUCUGCUGGGCAUUUCAAUAUACUUCAAUGAUAACUCGCUUGAGGCCUACCUAAAAGAGAAACUAAAGCAACUAAUAGAGAAGAGGAUUGGCAAAGAGAAUUUCAUAGAGAAGCUAGGAUUUAUUAGCAAACAUGAAUUAUACUCUCGAGCAUCACAGAAACCCCAGCCAAACUUUCCCAGUCCAGAAUACAUGAUAUUUGAUCAUGAAUUCACAAAGCUGGUGAAGGAGCUUGAAGGUGUUAUAACUAAGGCUAUUUAUAAGUCCAGUGAGGAAGAUAAAAAAGAAGAAGAGGUAAAGAAAACACUAGAACAGCAUGACAGUAUCGUGACUCACUACAAAAAUAUGAUUCGAGAGCAAGAUCUGCAACUAGAGGAACUGAAGCGCCAGGUUUCAACAUUAACAUGUCAGAACGAACAGUUGCAGACGGCAGUCACCCAGCAAGCUUCUCAGAUUCAGCAGCAGAAGGAUCAGUACAACCUUCUCAAAGUGCAGCGGGGAAAAGACAAUCAGCACCAAGGUUCUGCCAGUGAUGGGGCUCAGGUGAAUGGAGUUCAGCCAGAAGAAAUUAGUAGACUGAGAGAGGAGAUAGAGGAAUUAAAAAGUAAUCAGGAACUUUUACAAAGCCAGCUGGCUGAAAAAGACUCUUUGAUUGAAAAUUUGAAGUCAUCCAAUGCUGCUUCUAGUGUGCACGAACCCUCUGCAACAGCUAGAGACAGUGAACCAGUUGUAGAAUUAAAGCAGACAAAGUCAGUUCCUGUCCAAGGAGAAAAUGAGGCUGUAACGGCGGCCAACACUGCUGAGUUGGAAGGGAGACUAUCAGCCCUAUUGCAGGAGACGAGGGAGCUGCAGAAUGAAGUUAAAGUCUUGUCUGAGGAAAGAACUACCCUCAAAGAGCAGCUGGAUUCCUCUAACAGCACCAUUGCUAUUUUACAAAAUGAAAAGGACAAGCUGGAGUUGGAAAUUACGGAUUCUAAAAAAGAGCAAGAUGAUCUCCUGGUAUUGUUGGCUGAUCAAGACCAGAAAAUACUGUCAUUGAAGAAAAAACUCAAAGAUCUUGGUCACCCAAUUGAAGAAGAAGAUGAACUUGAGUCUGGAGACCAAGACGAUGAGGAUGAUGAAAAUGAAGAUGGCGGCAAAGACUAGGGUCUCACUGUUUAGCGUUAGGUUCUCCAGGCAUGGCGGCAUUUAUGUCAUGACUCUGGAGAUGGAAUUUUCAGCCAGUGUUCAGUUUGCCUCCACAGAAAAUAAAGAUUUAGAUACCAAGUGGAACACAUUUACUAAGAAAAUUGGCAUAUUUUUUAAAAUAUUGCCAUC